ACCACGGAAAACAUACGACUUGAUAUAAUUUCAAGUUGUGAGAGACACCAAUUCUACAGGACGACAAUUUCCAAUGCCUCGAUAGGGCUCACAACAACAUUCUUUCCCAUCACCAAGCGAACAUUUCUCCCCUGCCCACCUCUGUCCACGUCUAUCCGACUGACUUGCGACGACGGCGACGACAACGAUUGUACACCCCACAAAACAUUCGGGAUUUCAGAUACUAAAUAUACAUACAUUCACUCAAUUAUAAACAUCUGCGACUGAUCUGAGCAAAAGCAUACUCUCAACAUUCAUAUGGAAUUAGCCAACAUUAUAACUGGGUCUGUAUCUUCUUCAAACGCACAAAAUCGAAACGCCGAACCUACCGAUCCUCCACAGCGAACACAUUCGUACCCGACCCGAAAAAUAAUCAUGUCCGGUACGGAUAUGCACAAUAGAGAUGAGCGAAGCGGUACACCACCCGCGCCUCCUUAUGCUGCUGCUCAAUUCAACAUGAACACUCCACACUCCAUGGCCAUGUCGCCUGCUGGGAGCCCUACCCCAAAGAGUGUCGCAUUCGAACUCCUCUUUACACAAUCACCUCAGCAUCGUGCGCGACUACCGAUGCGUGUCCAAAUAUUCCCUCACGAUACUACAGACUCGAUUAUUGCCACUGUCAAGAACUUUUACGGCCUGUAUGCAGAUGGCGCUGGUGCGAAAGGUGUUAGCUUUGAAGACGAACAAGGGAACACUCUCAUCGCACGUUAUGAGAACUUUAGAAACAACAUGGUGGUAUAUGUCCGGGUCAUUCAAGAAGAACCUUCUGAUGCAUACGGGCCAUCAUCAUACGGUUCUGGUUCUCCACGCUUACAGCAAGCCUACUAUCCUGGCGAGACGCACUUACCACCCCACCAAGCUCUCAAUUAUGGCCAUCCUGUCUCAAGACCAACGUCUAGGACAUCGCGAAAGCGUAGCACUUCUCCUGGACAAGGCCGUGGCCGUCGUAGUGUCUCUGCCAGCAUUAAUCAACCGCUUCCGGCCAAAAAGAGUAGAUCUCGAUCGGGUUUCAAAAGCCGUGGCUCAAGCACUCAUGGUAGCUUCCAAGAACUUCAUAGCGAUGGAUUAAAUGGAUAUAGCAGUGGAGAUGGAGGAGCUGGGUCUGUUACUAGUAGAGCUAAGAGCGAGCACCUUGGUAACACCGAGAUCAGUCUUGACAAUAUUGUGGAGGGAGGUCGACGGAAAAGAGCUAAGUUUGAAAGUUCUGAACUUCCUUUGUUCGCACCACCACAAAUGCCCGCUGCGACUUCGAACUCUUCCGUUUCUCCGGCACGUCGCAUGGAAAAUCAGCGAUCAAGUUUUCCUUUUGCGGGGUUUUCCCAAAAUCCUUUCUCCAAUGUACCCAACCUUCAUUCCCCCAGGAGCUUUGGCAAUGCCAAUGGGUUCGGAGAGCCUGAUCUCUAUUCUACGCCAGCAGCACAAAGUCGCCGGACGCGCGCAUCAUAUCCUCCAGGACGUCAAUCUAUUAGUACUCCAGGAAACAUGUCGGAUGUACUACCGACUCCAGAUCCAACCAUCGGCAGUUGCAUGUCAGAGGAAGACAAGGAUGUUGCUCUGCAACUAAUGAGACUUGGCGACAUGUCAAACAUUUCUCACGGUCGCAUUUCCGCAUCAACCCUUGACGACACUUUCAGCGGGCGUGCUGAUGCAGCUUCCUCUACUGGCGCUACCAGUAAUUGUGAGAGCGAGAGUGAAAAUGAACUCCCUUCUCACAGACUAAAGCGUGAGCCAAGCCCGAUUCUGCCACCUGGGUUCUUGAAAAAGACCCAUCCACAUUUGGAAGAGAAUCCACCGACGGAUAGCACUGAGCCAAGUAGUGAUGAACGUGACAUUGAAGACUGCCAUGAUGGAACCUUCAAGCCAGGUCAAACAGAUGAUGCUGUUGAUAGCGAAGUAACAAAACCUAAGGUGGUCAAGGCUAAAGCCGCUAGAAAACCUUUACCUUCUUCUUCUUUGAAAUCUAAGGCGAACAGAAUUAGCAAACCAAAUAGACCAACGCCUUCGGUCAAGCCCAAGAAAGCCAACAGUGUCUCUGCCUCUAGCAAGGGUCCCAUCUCACCCACUUCCUUACCAUCGCAAUCACGAAAGACCUCUGUGGCAUCUACCGCAACUCAUCAACAUCAUCUCGGUGACGAUGAAGAGGAUCUUUCAUCUAAACCACGUUGUCAACGCUGCAGGAAAAGCAAGAAAGGUUGCGAUCGUCAAAGACCCUGUGGCCGAUGCCAAGAUGCUGGUCUUGGCAUUGAUCAGUGUGUCAGCGAAGAUGAAGGGAACGGUCGUAAAGGUCGUUAUGGGCGUCAUAUGGGAGUACCUGUGAAGAAAGACGACCUACCUCAAGUCCCAAUAUUCCCAUCAGCGCUUUCUGCGAGUGGUGCGAGCAGUUUCGAGAAAAGUAAGAAGAGAAAGAGGUGAUUUAAAUUCAUCGUACCAUCGACUCGAUUGUCUUCCUUCGAGUAUUGAAUAACCUCACGGUUACAUUCCUGUACCAAAAGUUGUUUCUUCAUAGCGAUAAUGACCAACUGCCGCGCAACUGGUCAUUAUCUUCAUGGCGACACCAAUGCCAUCAAAACCAUAUCGAACAAAAGUCUUUUAUAGCGCCAGCGUUUUGUGUCACUAUCUUGAUCAACAAUUUCUCCCUCGCAGCGUUCAAAAAAGCCUUCAUACUUCUUCAUCUUGUCGUACCCGUUCUUUCUUUCCUGUCUAGGUUAAAUAACAUGGCGCUCUUUUCUUUUAUCAUUGUACUUUGGUUUAACUGGUGGAGCAUUUCAACACAUCUCAACACUUUUUAUACAAUCUCGACACUCCUUUUAUGAUUAAUGGAUUCCCAUGAACAUACUUAUGAUUUUCUUUUGUCUUUCUGAUUUGCACUUACUGCUUUCAACUGUUUCCCCGUCACCUCGAUUUUCGAAGAUACUCCUUUCCAGCGAGCAAUUGCAUGUGUCACAUUCUUUUAUCAAAUUGUUUGUAUGUUGGUGGUAGGGGAUAUAUGUAUCAAUGGGAGGAAAACUCAACUUUUGAUGCAAGCGGAGGAGAUUGUCUAUCAUUUUUGAAUGAUAUUUCAUUGUGAAAAAUAACUGCUUUUGAUUCCAUGAUUUUGGGUUCAAAUCUGGUUCAAAUCUGGUUCUAAUCCAACUCUACUCUCACACUCUCACUUCAUUGGGGGUUGUCUAUAGGGAGUUGAAUGGAAUGGAACGGGAUGAAUGGAUGGGAAAUGGGGAAUUGCUAAAUGGAGGCGACUAUGUGAUUUGUGUUCUUUUCUUUCCCUGUCUUUUUCAUCGCGAUUUGGGUUGGGAUUGCAAUAGGAUUGGUCUGUUUUUUGGGGAAAAUAGAGAAAUGGAAGAGUGGAGGAAGGGGGGGAUGGUGGAAGAAAGAUGGAUUUCUUGUUAUGAUGAAUUGAAUUGAGUCAUAUCACGUUUUCCUGUCUGUUUGUUCUCUUUGAAUCUUGAAAAGUCAACUUACUACUACUACCUAUUGAACUGAUCAAAUUGAAUGGAAUCAAAUGGAGAAUGAUUGAAAGUCAGAAAAGGUACAGAUAGAAUGGAAUUUCUAAUAAUGAAGAAAAA